AUGGAAUUUCAUUUUGAAAAUAUGCAUAGUGUAGAUGAUAAAAGAUUAUUGGCAGGAGGCAACUAUUUUGUUCUCUUUCUCCUCACUCACUUUGACCUCUCCCUUUCCUCCCACUUCUUCCUUUCUCUUUCUCUCUUUUCUCCUACUUCUCCAUUUCUCUCUGUUUUCUCUCACUUGUCAUUUUCUUUCUUUUUUCUCUCACUUCCCCUUUUCUCUCUCUUUUUCCCAUCUCCCAUUUUUCUUUCUCUUUUCUCCUUACAUCCUUUUCUCAUUCUUCUCACACUUUUCUCUUUUUAUCUCUUUUUCCAUUCCCUCUCUACUCUUACUUCUUCUUUUCUCUUACUUUUUCUUUUCUCUCACUUCUUUUCCCUCUUUUCUCCCACUUACUGCUUUUGCAUUCUUUUCACACUUUCCCUUUCUCUUCUCCAAAUUCUGUCUGACUUUUCCUUUUCCCUAUCUUCUCCUACUUCUCUUUUUCUCUUUCUUUUCCCCCCAUUUCUCUUUUUUCUCACUUUUCUCCUACUUAUUCCUUUCUAUUUUCUGCCACUUCUUUCUUCUUUCACUUAUCUAUUCUUUUUCUCCAACUUCUCUCUUACUCUUUCUCAUCUUCCAUUUCUCCAUUUCUCUCUCUCUCUCUGCUUUAUUUCCCCUUCCUUUCUCCUAAUUCUCCCAUCUCCAGUUCUCCUUAUCUAUUAUUCUUUCCUCAAGUAUCUUUUCUCCCUCAUUCCAUUUCUUCCAACUUCCCUUUCUCUUUUUUCUUCCAUUUCUUCCUUCUCUUCUAACUUUUCAAACUUCCUGCAUCUUCAUAUACAUAUAACUACGUAUUUGUAUUUGCAUCUCUCUCUUCCUCCCCACUCUCUUUCUUUCUGUGGAUAA